UGGUUGUGAGCACUGAGUAGUACUGAUUGCGAGCACUGUUUCCCAACAGUGAGUAAAGCGCUCAUUGUUUAGUAAGAUUCGCACCGAAACAGCGUGUGUUUAACAUCCAAACAUCUAUAACACCCUUAAAAAAGCGAGAGUGAAGAUCAAUCUCUCCGCCGAUUAACAUCCAAAAUAAAACAACAUCCGCGCCGACAGACUGUCCGCAGAUAACACCCGAUAACAACAACAACAACAAUCACUAACACCACCGAAUCAGAUGGAAAACAGUGAAGCAGCGGAGGCGCCGACUGCGGUGACCAAGAAAAUUGUCGCCAAACGAAUUCAGGGAACCGUCAAAUGGUUUAACGUUAAGAACGGUUACGGAUUUAUCAGCCGCAAUGACAAAGACGGCGAAGACGUUUUUGUCCACCAGUCGGCCAUUUCGAAGAACAAUCCGUCGAAAAUGGUUCGCUCCGUCGGCGACGGCGAACUGGUUGAGUUUGAUAUCGUUGAAGGAGAAAAAGGCAACGAAGCGGCCAAUGUUACCGGUCCGGGCGGUAUACCAGUGAAGGGAUCACCGUUUGCUGCCGACCGUCGCUAUGGCGGCGGUGGUUAUGGUGGUGGCGGCAGAGGUCGUGGUCGUGGCCGCGGAGGCUACAGACGCGGCGGCGGUGGUGGAGGAGGAGGAGGAGGCGGCGGCGGAGGAUUUCGUAGAGGACCGCCGCGACAGGACGGAGGUUUUGAUGGCCAACGAAGCGACGGAGGUGGUGGCGGCGGCGGAUAUGAUAACGACCGCAGACAAGGCGGUGGCGGAAUGCGCGGCGGCGGCCGCAGACCAUUCUAUCGGCGUUUUUAUCGUCGCCGACCGCGUGGACCACCRCGCGAUGAUGGCCAGGAAAUAGACGACGGCGGCAGCCAACAGUUUGGCGGUGACAGCAGCUAUGACGAUGGACGUCGCGGUGGACGCGGUCAACGGCGUUACUAUCGCCGCUACUUUGGCCGUCGUCCCAAUAGACCACGUUCUGAUACCGAGGGAAGUCAGUCGGGAGUUGAUGGCGACGCCUCUGGAGCCGAAGGCAGAGUUCAGAAGAACGACGACGAUGAUGGACAGGGCGGACAGCGUCGCCGUCAAUCUGGAUUCCGAGGACAACGUCGCCGUCGUUACAUUAACGGUAAUCGCGGCGGUCAGCGUCGUUCAUCGCGCGGCGGUGGCGGUCGCAAGGACGGUGAAGCCGGACCGGGCGGUGACGAACAGGACAACGAUAAGGGUGUGUCCGACAAUAAGCAAUCGGGAGAGUCGGCCGAUAACGGCGCCAAAGCCGAAAAUUAGACCACCAUUUCUCUUAGAUCUAAUGGCCGACACAUUAUGUUUUAACAACAAAAAACAAUUAUUACAUUACUAUCUAUUUAUAUAUAUUGAAAAUAAUAACACCUUUUAGUUAAUAACAACAACAACAACAAUAAUAUCAACAACACAUUACUACACAUAAUAUAUAUAUAUAUAAAGAAUCUAUUAUAUCGAAAAUCUAUUACAAAAAAUAUAUAUAUUUAUAAAAACAAAUUACACUGUUUAUUACAAUAGCAUAAAGACAAACAAAAAAUAUUCAAUAAUAUUAAACAAAAAUCAUCAUAAAUAUUGUGUAAUUACAGUUUUAAAUAACAAUAAUACACUUAACAUACUAGUAGUUUGGAAAUACCUUAUAAACAAAAAAAUAUAUUAUGAAAAACAAAAAUCUUAUAAUAUAUUCACUUAAAAAUAAUAAUAAUAAUACACCGAAUUUUGAACAGUAAAUUAAUAUAAAAAAAUAAGUAAAUUUUUAAACAACAUUUAACAUUAUUAUUAUUAUAUUUAUAUAAAAAUAAGAAUAUUAUUAUUAUUAUUACAUCACUUUAAUUAUUUAUAAUUUUGAUUGAUUAUAAAAACCAACACUUAAUUAUACGCUUACCGUAAAAAAAUUAUUAUAAUAAGUGCGAGACUACCCGGGACAAAUCAAAUAUCAUUUGUAUUUUAUAAUAUAAAUUUGUAUAAUUUAUUGAUAAAACAAACAAAAAAACCACACCACACAAAAUUGAUUGCAGAAAAAAAAACAGAAAAUGUUUGCUAUAUUUAAAAUUUUGAAAAUACUAUCGAAAAAAAAACUAAUGUAUCAAUCGAUCGAUUGAUUGAUUAAUUGAAUUUUUAACGAAACUUUUUUUAUAUAAAAAAAAUUAGAUGACAUUUUUUUGUGACUAAGAUUACUAUUAUUAUUAUUACCACAAAAAACAAUUUUGGAGUAAAUUGAAUAA